CGAAAUGAGAGGCCGGCCUGACGUCUCCCUUUCAAGUGGAGGUUGGCCUGCCCGCGAGAAAUCUUUUAAGGGGCGUGAAGUUUGACUUAUUUUGCUAACAACUAGCUGCAGCGAAAUAAAACGAUGAGGAUCCAAUGGCUUAUUGGCAACGCGCUGCAGAAAGGGAAUAACGUAUAUUUACGCUAUAUAUUUAAUGGAAACAUUGCGUAGCUUGCACCUGCGGGACGUUUGUCGAAAUCAACGCGGAUGCGCGCGAUUAGAUAAUGAGUGAACCGGUUCCCUGCUCGCGGCAUUACGGCUACUGGCGUUAAUGCUAACGUAGCUAGUUUGCUUAGCCCAUUUGGAUCGGCUGCGAAGAGUUACUGGCGGGCGUUGAAUCGGCUAAUGUUGGCGAGCAACAAGCUAAUCCCAACAUGCUAACAGCAGUUCCGUGUUAGGAGAAGAAUAACCGCUCUUUUUUUUUCCGCGACCACUUCAAUGAAAGCUGCAUUUGACUUGAACAUUGGACCGCGUACGCGGUUAUCGGUCUGUAGUUGUAGCCUCCCCGAGCUACUUUAUCGAACGCGCUAGCAUCCAUUGACAACUGUCGUUCGUCACUCGUCACGCUCUUGCAACUAUCUGCUCGAGUUGGUGGGCUUUGUGCUGGGUUUAGCCAUUGCGUGCUAACUGUCCAUCUGGAAAGUUGGUGAGUCCACAUAACGUUGCGAAUAACGUUGAGGCGGAUCAGACGUUGACUGUGUUGGAAGGACCUGUGGUGACAGGGGUAUUUCUUUUGACAACAUUAAGUUUCCUCUACUCCAGAGUUGUUCAGAAGACGGGCCUCGUUGAUUGCGCAGCGUCCUGUUUUAAGCAUUUUUUUUUUUUUUUGUCGAGCCUGCCUACUUGAUUCAUGUUUUUACCUCAAACGUGUGAAGUUGACACGUUCCGAAAGCAAACAUGUAACAGCUUCGACAUUACCUUUUGGAUUGUAAAAAAAACCUGCAGAAUUUACUUGGCACAAUGCACAAUUCAGGAGUCCUUUCCCAAGAAAAGAUGGAGCUUGACCUGGACAGCUCACCUUCCUUAGUUCAGGCAGAGGGGCAGCUGAGAAGAUCCAACAGUGCACCCAUGAUUAAUGGCCUAAGUGAUAACUCCCAAGUGUUCCAGAGAGGGGUAUUGCGAAGCCGCAGAAAUAGCACUACAGUUGUCAACAGGCCCAAUAUGAUCCCUUCGUCGCCCAUCCGAGUUCCAAGCACCAGGCUUCAUCAGAUCAAACAAGAAGAGGGGGUUGAUGUGAUGAACAGAGAAACUGCACAUGAGCGGGAAGUUCAAGCUGCUAUGCAAAUAAGCCAGUCCUGGGAGGAAAGUCUCAGUCUGAGUGACAAUGAUUUGGAAAAGUCGGCGUCAUCUUCUCCUAAGCGAAUUGACUUUGUGCCUGUGUCUCCGGCACCGUCCCCAACCAGAGGGAUAGGGAAAAAGCAGUGCUUCUCUCCUUCUCUUCAAAUCCUUGUGAGCAGCAACGGUCUCAAUCCCAGUCCGAUUCCCAGUCCAACGAGGCGCUUUGGCAGACGGAGCCAGAGCCCGAUCAACUGCAUAAGACCCAGCAUUCUUGGCCCAAUAAAACGCAAAGGUGAGAUGGAGACAGAAAGUCAGCCUAAAAGGUUUUUUCAAGGCACCACCACUAUGCUGUCCUCUGACGUCUCCAACCUGUUGGAUCUCGGCUCCUGCCACUCUCCAGAUGGAUUGCUGGACGGCAGCCUCAGCAGCGUCUGCUCCUCCAGCGACUCCCUGGGCAAAAUGGAGGGAGGGUCCCCGUCGUCGUCCAGCAACUCUCCCUUCGCUUCCCUCCAGGAUAUGUCCCCAAAGUGAGACGGCAAUAAGAAACUUCUCUGGGAGGAAACACUUUUUUUUCUUCACACCCCGCCCCACCCCCCCACCGACCCUCCACCUCAAAAACGCCGAGAGGAACGUGCGCUUUGUAAUGUUGAGGCAAAUCUAGUGGUGUGAAAGGCGAAGGUUGCGGAGCACAGGCUGCUAGUCUUUGGAUGGAUGGUGCUCGGCUUUACUGCCGUUAGUUCAAAAAUUGUGCGCGCGCCCUUCGGGUUCCCCUCAAUAGAGAUGAGAUAUGAAGCACUGGACUGACACCCAUUUGGAUUUGUAGUUCCCCGUCUUGUGCCGGUCUCGAUUUUGUCCAACAGGGCUUUGUAUGUACAAAGAAAGUAUUUAACUUAUUUUUUUUUUUUUUUUGUUUGUUUGUUUUUUGCUAUUCUGUACGUGUUAAAUCUUACGAAUAGUUUGUAUAGUUUGAAGUUGGCUUGAUGCAGCUAACGACGUCGCGCAUCUGCUAAAAGAAAUACUGUAUAAGGAAACUUUACUGUUAUACUGUAGAGAUAAUUGUUCCCUUGCUUCCAAGCUGUAAAACUGUGGUCUUUUUUUAUUUUUAUUUUUUUAAAGUGGCCUGUCGUCCGCCACGUCAGAUUACCGGGAGCAGUGAAAAACCUUGCAGUUAAUUGCAGACACAUGGUGGUCUUUGUAGUGUUUAACACUAAAGGCCUCUCCGUCGUUGUACAGUUUUGCUUUUUCUUCUGGGGAAAGAAAUAUUUAUGGUAAAGAAAAACUAUAUAUAUAUAUAUAUAUAUAUAUAUAUAUAUAUAUAUAUAAAAUAGGAUGGCGAUCUAUCUCCAGUAAAAGCGAAAGUUUGGCACAGAUGCUUAGUUUUUUUUUUUUUUUUUUUGGAUGAGAGGUUGCUGCUGUUCUUGCUGUGGUUCACGUUGCACAGGGUACCCACCUGUCUUUGUUUUCAGCCUGUGUUAAAAGACUUAAGCGGGGGUGGGGUGGGGGGAGUUUAACUUGACCCCCAGUUAUCAGACAAAUGUAACAAUAUGUCGAGGUUAAGCCUGUACUGUUGGCUUUUGCACCGCGAUUUGUGAUCACGUCCUUCCCUGUGUCCCGUUCUGUGCAAACCAGGAUGUGAUGUUUUAAAAGGAGUUGUGCCCUUUUUACAAUGAAGAAAGCUUUGUUUUGCAGUUCUACGAUUGAAUGUCUUUUGAUUUUAUCGGGAUCGCUUGCCCAGAUGUCAAUGCAUGACAUGUCUCGUGAGCGGGCGUAAGUCUAGUAGUGAUGUUCAAUGUCAAAACCGGUUUUUGCCUUUUUUUUUCGUGUGUGUGUUCAUAUCAAAGACAAAAUAAAUUAUUUCUUCAUGUGUGCAG